AUGCCUGACUUGAGAGAAAAGGUAGCCAUAAUUACAGGUGCUAGUUCUGGCAUAGGGAAGGGGACAGCUGUAGAAUUUGCGCAGCUGGGAGCGCACCUGGCUCUGACUGGGAGAAACCAGGAAAACCUGCAGGCCACAGCAAAGGCCUGUGUGGAGGCAGGGAGUCCAGAAGAUAAGAUUCUACUUGUAACAGGAGACAUCUGCGAUGAAGAAGUAAGAAUAAACCUGGUGGAUCAAACUGUGCAGAAGUUCGGCAGGAUCGAUGUUCUGGUAAACAAUGCCGGCAGUUUCAUGCGGGGUACUUUAGAGACCACAGCUAUGGCGGACUAUGACAGGAUCAUGGACGUUAAUGUUCGCAGUGUGGUCAGGUUGACUCAGCUGUGCAUUCCACAUCUCACAAAAACUAAAGGGGCAAUCGUCAAUGUGUCCAGUGUAAAUGGAAUACGAGGGUUUUCAGGAUGUCUUGCAUACUGCAUGAGCAAAUCAGCACUGGACCAGUUCACAAGAUGUGUUGCACUUGAGCAAGCUUCGAAGCAAAUCAGAGUCAACUCUGUCAAUCCUGGUGUGAUUACGACAGAGAUUUUCAGACGCGCAGGACUGAAUGAUGAGGAGAAACAUGCCAAGUACAUGGAACAUCACAAGACAACACACCCGCUGGGGAGGGUUGGUGACGUUUCGGAAGUUGCGAAAACUAUCGCCUUCCUGGCCUCGUCAGACGCGUCCUUCAUAACCGGCGCCCUGGUCUCCGUGGACGGGGGAAGGCACGCCUUUUGUCCACGUUAA